AUGUAUGAGCAAGAAGAUAAAGUUUAUGAGGAGAGCACACCUAAGCAAUCUCGAGCUGUGGGUGGUAGUGGUUCACAGAAUUUUAUAGAUCGAGCAUGGAAAAAUUUCUCACAGCUUUAUCCGCCUACCUUUGAUGGAACAAUGAAGGAGGGUGCUACCCAUUCUUGCAUUUUUAAUGUGUCUAUGCUAGCAGGAAUUUCUGUAAGAACUGACUGUGCUUAUCUAGGUGUUGAUUUGAGAUUUGAGAAUAGAUCAACCACCAUUGACUUGAUCUAUCUGCCCAUGAUUGAGAUUGAUGUAGUAGUAGAUAUGGAUUGGUUGUCGACAAAUAAUGUGACACUAAAUUGUGCAAAAAAAAUAAUAUCCUUGCCAGUGUAUACUGCACCUACAGUGACACCCAGUCAGUCAAGAUUCUUGUCUAUAAUACAAGCAAAAAAGUACAUUCAACAGGGUUGUCAGGCAUAUAUGAUGUUCUUUUUCGUUCACGCUACUUAUGAUGAAGGAAUUGAGAGAAUUGAAGUGGUGAACGAAUUCCUUAAAGUAUUCUCAAAAGAAAUGUCUGGAUUACUGCUUGAGCAAGAGAUGGAAUUUUCUAUUGACCUUAUACCUGAAACAGAACCCAUAUCAAAAGCUCCAUAUCAAAUGUCUCCAUCAAAGUUGGCAGAGCUAAAGAAACAACUAGAGGAAUUACUAGAAAAAGGGUUCAUAAGACUAAGUAUGUUCGCAUGA